AUGGAGCUUCCCGAUUCCACCGGCAGCGACUGCAACCUCAACGCGCUACAGUUGCAGCCACAACACAACAACCAUCACCACGACGCUCGCUCAGGGCUCAGAAUCGACCUUAACGAGAUCCCUUCGCCUUCCUCCUUGUUCGCUAAAACCCUACCGGACUCCGCCACCGACAUCGUCCGCGAUUAUGACGAGAACCCCGGGCCGCCACCGGGAGCCCCCGUUGUCCUCCCCAGCAGUGGCCUCGCUUCUUGCACUGCUUGCUCCAAGCCCUGCCCCGCCGCCGCCGAGAGCCACUACCACCUCGUCGUGUGCGACGGCUGCGAGUGCGGCUUCCACCUCGCCUGCGAGUGCGUCGCCUCUGGUGUGAAGAGAAAGCGGUGGUCGUUGGGAGUGAAGGAGCUUCUCGAUAACAGCUCCUAG